AUGGGACGCCGAGGAGCUAAAUCGAAAACGACAAAUGGAGAUAUUGAAUCUGUGGCCGUAGCCGCCGCCGAAGCCGAAAUUGAAGAGAACCAGGAGCACCAGGAGGAAUUUGUGCAGAAUGGGGAUGAUCCUUUGGCUGAAGUGGAUGACGAGGAUGAGGACGACAAACCUCUAAAAAAGAAAUUGCCCAAGAAACGAGGAGCUCCAGCAAAUGCCAAGAAAAAGGGCAAAAAAGCUAAAAAGGACAAAAGUGCAGAGGAGGAAAAUGAUAAUGACGAAGCAGAACCUGAGGAAAUUUUACCUACCGAUGAGGAGCCAGUUUAUGAGGUUGAUAAGAUAAUGGAUGUGCAAUACCUGAAAUCAGGUGCCAGAGAGUUCCUCAUUCGCUGGAAGAACCAUGGACCUGAAAGUGAUACUUGGGAACCAGAGGAAAAUUUGUCCUGUCCAGAUUUGAUAGCUAAAUUUACUGACAAGAUGUCCUGA